AUGAAACUUUUUACCCCAUUAAAUCUCCUCUAUGAUGAUGGGUAUGAGUAUGAGCCUUUUGUCAAUGACGAUCCAGUUGCUUAUUUUGGUGAUGAUAAUGAAAGAGUUGAGGGGUGCAGUAGUUCUGAUGAUAACUCCAAGGAUCGGUUGUCGAAGCUACCUGUGGUGCAAAUGUUAUGUGAAGUCGCGCUAGAUGCAAAUAACCAUCUAUAUCCAGUUGCAUUUGGUAUUGUGGAUAGCGAGAAUCAUGAUUCUUGGAAGUAUUUCAUGUCAAAGCUAAAGGAAGCGAUUGGGGAAGUUGAGGACAUGGCGUUUGUAUCUGACAGGAAAUCCAAGUUCCACGCUCACUUUAAAAAAAUCAAAUUAAAAGACCCAGCUAUUGCUCAAUACCUAGAAGGCAUGGGUUUUGAUAAGUUGUCCCGUGCUUACUUUCUUGGAAAUAGGUAUAAUAUAAUGACAAGCAAUUACACUGAAAGUUUCAACAAUAGGACCCGAGAUGCUAGGAUCUUUCCGAUAACUACAUUCGUCGAAUUUAUUCACUUCACACUGCAGUCUUGUUUCUGUGAUAGGAGAGAAACUAGCGAGAAGACAACUACAACUCUUGGACCGACCUAUGAGAAAAAUUUGGUGGAUAUGGCUGAGAAAGAUCGAUUCUUGAUCCCUUAUGCAAUAGGGAGGCAUGCGUUCCAUGUGUUAGAUGGUGAGCUGAAUGGUGAAGUCGACCUCCUAAAUAAGACAUGCACAUGUAGUGUGUUCUAG